UAUAGUAGUGAAGUAGUGCCGUGUAGGCUAGAGCUGAGUAGUAGAGCUGUAUAAUAUAUCGGAACAACACCACUGCUGUCUCGAGACUCACUUGAACCGCGUUUUAGUGCGGAUAGUGUGGAUAGGAGUCUAUUCGUGCGUCUGAUAAUUUAUUAUGUAAAAUCCAGCAGUAUGCACCGCACUGACAGUAGCGAGUAGCGAGUACCGAGUAGCGGGUCGCGGGUAUUGCAGUGCGAGGAGAAGAUAAUAUAAGCCAUUAUAUAGCAAACACGCAGUGCAUCGAUAGCCAAUGUCAGCCAGGUUGUAUCCGGUAUAGGUAUAUAUGAACAUCAAUGGGCCAAGGAGACAGACAAUCGUAACUCAUUGGUGUUAUUGGUGAUGUUCCAGCUACUGGAAUAUAACACGACGCUGCAAACUUCUCAAUUUCUGGAAUUUAAUGUUUAUGUUUGCGUAUAGUUAGCUUUGUCAGGGUUGCGGGCAGUUCAGACAUGGGAAGUGAGCAUUACUGCCUGAGGUGGAACAAUCAUCAGAGCAACUUGCUGGGUGUGUUCAGUCAACUACUGGAGUCUGAAUCGUUGGUGGACGUGACGCUGGCGUGCACGGAGGGACCGUCGAUACGUGCGCACAAGGUUGUCCUCUCCGCGUGCUCCAGCUAUUUUCAAGCCUUGUUUCUUGACCACCCGAAUCGCCACCCCAUCGUCAUCCUCAAGGACGUCCGUUUCUCCGAACUGCGUACCCUCGUUGAUUUCAUGUACAAGGGUGAGGUCAACGUCGAGUACUGCCAGCUCUCGGCUCUUCUCAAAACCGCUGAGAGCCUGAAAGUUAAGGGACUCGCAGAUAUGACCAACAUCAACACCGCGGUUGCGUCCAGGGAUGACCAGCAACAACAGCAACAACAACAACAACAACAGCAGCAUCUAAGUCCAGAUAGUCUCCGAGAAAUUAGGGGAGAGAUGCGAGAGAGGGACAAGGACCGGGAAAAGGACCGCGACAAGGAAAUUCCCAAAGAUUCUGACCAGCAGCAACAAACGAGAGAUCUUAGGGAUCAGAGAGACAGAGACAGAGAGAGAGACAGAGAACGAGAACGAGAACGAGAGCGAGAACGAGAACGAGAGCGAGAACGAGAAAGAGAACGGGAGCAACAGCAAACUGUUCCGCAAGUAACCAAUAAUAGUGAUAGUACGGAAGCCGUGGACAUGACUGAAUGUCCGGCGUCUCCGGUCAGAGCGAGCAGCCCUUGUCCGGGUCCUCUGGCGCUGGACCGGCCACGAAGGGACUCGGAAGACGCUGGCAGCUUAGAAGAAACAAGGGGGUCUCUAAGUCCUAUUUCCGUGCACAGUGGCCCCAGCGAUAUGAGUAUAAGUAAUAACAAUAAUACUGGCACGCCCGGUGGUUUGCCACUAAAUCUACCGCAGAGUCGGCUUCCGUCCCCGCACAGUACAGAACCUCUCGCAGGACCCUCUGGAUUGCCUCCGGUUCAACAAGUACCACUUUCCUUGAAAAAAGAAGUAGACUGGGAAAGGUCGACUGAGGAGCGUUGUGCAAGCAGCGAAAUGUCUGCAGAUUAUAGACUCCCACCAGAUCCGGUGAGUCUUUAUUCGAUGUCAUUGGCCCUAGGUCUGGAGGCAGGUGGCUGGGGCGCAUUGGUGGAACGUAGUUCCAGUGGCAGUCUGAGUCCUCUUUUACCCCACGGGCCGGGUGGAUUUGCCGCAGGACUAGCCUCUUUAGCCCGUCGAUGCGGAGUUUGCCUGGCAACUUUUCCAUCAGCUUGGCUGCUCGAGCGUCACGCAUUGCUUCAGCACGCCGGCCAGCCAAAUGACGACAAGCCCUUCACCUGCGAGCAAUGUGGACAACGCUACCGCUACCGUUCGGCGUACGUGAAACACCGGGAGCAAAACCACCGAGCGCGACUGCCCGCCGACAAACUUUUCACGUGCGACGUUUGCGGCAUGCAAUUCAGGUAUCUUAAAUCUUUUAAGAAACACAGGUUGAAUCACGCUCUGGAGCGACUUCAGCGCGUGCCGGAACACCACCGAGGCAGUAUAUCUUCAAUAACAUCGACUGCUGCGGCCGAGAGAAGCGACCAGGUAUCGAGUACCGGGGAACCAGUUCAGCACGAAACGGGAAGUGAUGUCGCGAGUUCCAUGGACAACCGCGACGAGCCGCGUGAUAAUUUAGACAGCAAUCGGGACAGUGUUAGCGCUAAAGAAGAAGCCUCAUCUGAAACAGCGAGUGUCCAGGGACAAGACCCAGCAGACACAGCCUCAAUUGCUACCGCAAUCACCGCUCGUGGAAGAGGAAUCGAAGUUGACGCCUCCGAUGAAAAUAAUGUUCACCAGACGUCCCAAGACGACGACCGAGAUCGGCUUGAGUCAACCACCGAGCGAGUUAUCGCUGAAAUUGUACGAAAUCAUGAUUCAGACAGACGCGAAAGACGGUUCGCGUGUCCGUUUUGCGGCAAGUGUGUGCGCUCUAAAGAAAAUUUAAAGCUACACGUUCGUAAACACACGGGUGAACGACCCUUUGUUUGUCUCUUUUGCGGCAGGGCUUUCGGGGGUAAAAGCGAUCUUACGCGACAUCUGCGUAUACAUACGGGUGAACGACCUUAUCAUUGCGAAAUGUGCGGCAAAUGUUUUGCACGGGCUGAUUAUCUAUCCAAGCAUCUUACUACGCACAUUCAUCAACGCUAGACGUUUUGUUUUGUUAGAAAGUAACCGAGUUUAAUUUAAUUUUUUUGUUGGAAAGACAGAUAUAUAUUUAUAUUAUAUGAGCUUCCUCACAUAAGUUUAUCAAUACACAUAUAUUGGUGCUCAAUAGUUUUUUAGUUUUUAAUUUCAUAAUAAUAUUAUUAUGUUUGAAGAUAAAUAAAUAUAUAUUUAUUUAGUUUUUUUACGAUAAAUUUUUUAAUUCCUGGUGUUGGAAAAUGCUUAUAUUUUUGAAGUUUUAUCUUACGAAGUGCAGCAACGGUUUUAAUGAAUUUAAGUUUUCAGCACUGGGAAUUGAUAAAUCAAUGGUGCUAUUUUAUUAACAAAAAUUAAUUUUUUAACAAGUGUCAGAGAACAAAGCAAGAGUAUAGAUGAUAUUUGAAAACUCUAAUGCCAUCCUUAAAUAUCCAGCCACUGACCCACUACGAUGUGUCAAUUACCAAAGAAAACGGGCUAUUAAAGAAAAUAAAGAUCGCUAGUAAUUUUCUAUAAGGACAUUUAAUUAAAUUACUUAGUAAGUUUGAUGAUUUAAUUGACGAGUUAGUAUGUUGUAAAGAAAUAGAGACAAGAAAAAAAAAUGAAAAUGUAGACGCGUAUGACAAGUAUAUUAGAGGGAUAAUAAGUAUAUAUGACUAGUGAGAAAAAAAUUUGUGAUAAGGAUUGAAAUACCAAAGAAUGCGCGGGAAAGGAUACGAGUUCUCAAUAAUGCUAACAAAAUAAUAUAUUAAUAAAUAAUUAUAUGAUAAACCGUCUCUCGUUUUUUCGUUCCAUUGCGAAUUUUAUUCGUUAUUACUAUGAGUGAUAUAUAACGUAUAUUUGUAAUAAUUAAUAUUUAAUAAUGAAUAAUGAAUUAAACUAAAUGAUAAAAGAAAUUAAUCUAGUAUAUGAUAUGAUAAAAUAAUAUUAUUAUUUAGAUAACAACUUAUUGAUGCGUAAUGCCAAUAAUAGUGAGCGAUAAUUUUCUCACGCAAAUUCCAUUAAUAACGAGGUCGUUCAAACGCGAAGCAAUGCGUUUUUAAAAUGUAUGCGGUCCUA